CACAAGCCGUACUGCCAUUGGCAAUAGCAGCCAGGCCUCAGCCUAUUUGGGCGAAGGUUCUUCGAGGGACCCCCAGGCUUUAAUUCAUCCGGCUCCUGAGGUAGAUUUGGGUGAAGGCUCUUCGAAGAGCCCCUUAACUCAUUCUGCCCUUGAGGCCCUACCAAGAUUGACACCUCCACCACCUCCUGCCUCAUCAUCUUCACUCGAACAUCAUAUGGACACCAGCACCUGUGUUCAGGAAGACAUAUGUGACUUCGACAUGUACUAUGCCUCGCACUCACCCCCUCCACAAAGCCCCUCCGAGUCAGUGGCUCAAAGUCCCCUGAUCCCUCCAUCGCAAGUCAAACGGAUACGAAAACCGGCUAGAGUCAGAGCCGCUGGAUUUGACGACCCACUUCCUGAGGGUCCUGGCCCACUCGAGGCUGACGGUUCGGGCUGUGUUGAGCCCGAGGUCGUAGCUCCUCCCGAACCCAUCGAAAAUGUUGACCCUCAGACUCCUGCGUUUUGUCUCCGGCAUUUUCUCAUCCGAAUUCCGGAAAUCGUGCGCACAUUACCCAAUGCCUUCGGCCUGACACGUCUGUAUCGCGGUCGCCCCACUCGCAUCCCUGACCUCGAUAGUGAUCUGAACGACCUCACCGCCACAAAUUUACAAACUCUACCCGCUAUCACUGAUAAAUCCAUAUCCGACAUCAUCUCACCAUAUCCCAACGAGAACGCAUUCAAUUUCGGCCGUUGGUAUUGGAACACGACUCGUCAAUCCAAAUCUACUAGACAAGAAUUACUGGACAAUGUCAUCUUGCAUCCAGGUUUCGAUCCCGAAGAUCUUCGCGGCGUCAACUUUGACAAAAUCGACAAGCAACUCGCCCAGGAUUUGAGUUCUCCUUUGGAAGGCAACGGUUGGCGAAAUGAUCCAAUCACUGUCAAUAUACCGACAUCUCAGAAGGCGGGUACUGUGGGGACACGUAAGUUUUGCAUUGGCGAUUUCCAUCACCGGAGCUUAGUGCAUAUCUUGCGUACCGCUAUUGAGAGCAACACUCCGCACGCUCAACAAUACCACUGGCACCCAUACGAGCAAUUUCACCAGUCCCCUGAUCCCAAUACACCUCCGGUUCGCGUGUUUGAUGAAGUUUACACGGGUGAUGCGUUCUUAAAAGCAGAUCGUGAUUUGCAAAACUCUCCAGGGGAACCCGACUGUGAUUUACCACGCGUCAUUGCGGGGAUCAUGGUGUGGUCUGACGCGACUCAUGUUGCACAGUUUGGGCAGGCACGGCUUUGGCCCAUCUAUAUCUACUUGGCCAAUCUAUCCAAAUAUUCCCGUUGCAAACCAACUUCAACUGCUUCUCAUCAAGCUGCGUAUUUACCGAAGGUGGGCCGUUUCUCUCGUGUAGCAUAUAUUCUCGUCUCAACUCUUCCUCGCAGCUUCCUGAUACUGUGCAGGAUUUUCUACGGUCAUUUGACCAUGGCGCAUUAG